UGGCUAUAUGUAGCCCUGAAUCACACUUGGAUCAACUAUUACCUCCCAAACUUGCAUCAAGUUAACUUGGAAAUUAUAAUUUUGUGUUUUUUUAUUUUUUUUUUUUUUGGUUCUUUUUUCGUUAGUUUAAAUAUAUUUCGAAAAGUGAUUAGAUGAAAAAGGAUAAUUAAAAAAUUAAUAAAUAAUAAUAUUAAUUACAAAUUUAUAUUGUUUUUAUUUUAAUUAGAAAACAAUAAAAAAGUGGUGUUAUAUUUGUGAAAAUAUAUACAAGUGUUUUUUAUUUUUUUUUUGUGUUUAAUUAAAUUAAAAUUAUAUAGUAAUUUUACUUGCUUGACAUUUAAUGAAUUAAAAUUGAAAAAAAAAAAAUAAAGCUAUUAUUGGAACUUUAAGAUAAUUAAAAUGCCACGAGCUUUUUUAAUUACACAUCGAAGAUACAAUGGUACUGAAGAAUUUGGAGAAAAUAUUAGGGAUUUUAGUCCAGAGAGAAGUGUAAGAAUACCGGAAUAUAAUUCAAAUCAACCAACAUCUGAUGGUGUUAGUGAUUGUGGUAGUGAAUCAUCAUCUGAAUGUCCAGAUGAACUUUAUAAUUUAACAAAACUUGCUGAAGUUAGUUUAGCAGCAGCAGCUGGUACAUUGAUACAUCCAAAUAAUAUUUAUCAUCGUUCAUUAUCACCACCAUCAGUAUGGCCAUACAAUAAAAAAUUAUCAACAACAACAGUAACAUCACCAACACCAUCCUCUUCAUCAUCAUCAUCACCAACAAUAGCAACAACAAAACUAACAAGUUGUUUAAAUGACAAUGAGCUGAGCUUACGUGAACGUACAAGAUUAUUUUUUGAACGUAUAGAAACAGAAAGAGAUAUACUUGAAUCAAUAAAUCAUAAAAAUUGUAUAAUAACAUCUGAGCUAACUGAUGUUAUAAAUAUAAAUAAUAAAAUUAAUAAUAAAGAAGAUGAAAAUAAUUGUUUAACAACAAAAAUUGAUGAUAAUGAAGUACAUGAAUGUCCAGAUUGUGGUAAAAAAUAUUCAACAUCAUCAAAUUUAGCAAGACAUCGUCAAACACAUCGUUCACUUGGUGAUAAAAAAGCACGUAGAUGUCCACAUUGUGAUAAAGUUUAUGUUAGUAUGCCAGCAUUUAGUAUGCAUGUUAGAACACAUAAUCAAGGAUGUAAAUGUCAUUACUGUGGUAAAUGUUUUUCAAGACCUUGGCUAUUACAAGGACACAUUAGAACUCAUACAGGUGAAAAACCAUUUAAAUGUACAAUUUGUAAUAAAGCAUUUGCUGAUAAAUCAAAUUUACGUGCACAUGUACAAACACAUUCAAAUACAAAACCACAUGUUUGUGGAAGAUGUGGAAAAGCAUUUGCAUUAAAAUCAUAUCUUUAUAAACAUGAAGAAUCAUCAUGUAUGAGAGCACAUAGUCGUCCAGUGAUAACAGAUAAAAAAGAUGAUGAUAUUGUUAAUUUAACAAAUACAAAUUGUAUUGGUAAUAAAUCAACAAGUACAUCAACAUGUGGACCAAUUUCAUCACCAACAAGUGUUAUUGUUGCGUGUCCAGGUGUUAUUGAAUCAACACCAGUGACAGUGUCUUCUAUAAUACAACAUACUAAGUCUUUAAAACAAGAUGUACCAUCUGAUUUUUCUUCAACGAAAAAAAGAUGUUGGAAUAAUGAUGAUAAUGAUGAUGAUAAAUCAUCUGAUAUUUUUAAAAGAAUGAAUAUUAUUAGAAGUACAGUUAUAUCAACAAAUCCAGAUCAUAAAAUUGAUAAAAGCAAUUUUAAUUUUAAUGAUGAAAAUAAUCGAAAAAAUAAUUCACAUUUUGAUUUUAAUGAUUCUUCAAGAUCAUCAGUGUUUUCUAGAUCAACAAGUCUUGCAAUUGCCUAAUUAAUUAUUUUUUUUUCUUUUGUAAAUAAAGCUCAAUAAUUAUUUAAUUGUCAUUUAAUUUUUUGAGAGCUUAUAUUUGUUUUUUAAAUUAAUGUAAAUUUGUAAAUAUAUUAUUCCAAAACACAGGGUUUAUAUUAUUUUUUUUUUCGGUUUAAAAACUCUGUGUUUAAAAUUCCAAUUAUCCAAUUAGGGACCAUGUAAAUGAGAAACAAAUUUUUAUUUAAAAAAGAUAAGAAAUUAGUGGAAAAUAAUUUCUUUCUUUGUGAAUUCACGUGCCUUAAAUUAAUUUAUUAGAUAUUUUUUUUUUUCUUAGAUAAUAAUUUCGAGUGUACUUGAAGUUUUGAAAAUUAUUUCUUCAUAUACACAAGUGCUCUUCGACAUGCAGCUAA